UCUUGUUUGUGCUGGCAUCGAAGUGCUCACCUAGUGAGCUGCUUUUCCUCCCCCUUGCCAUGCGCUUUGGGAGAUGUCGCCUGCGCCCAUUUGCCUUCCUGGUCUUGUACGUGCUUGCCCUGACGGGGCGCGUGACAUGGGCUUUCCUACCGUAUACUUCUCCCGGAGGGCGCCAAGUGUUGCAGCCAAGCAGAAGGCAUGCAGAGUCCAAAUGUCGAGUGAGAGCUUGGGAUGAUGCUAUCCCAGACCUGCCUGAGGAGUACAGGAGGAUCGGGCCAUUGAAACUUGGCCCGAGACCACGGCCUUUUGGCCUGUUGCUCAUGCCCUUGGUGCUGAGCGUCUACUUCAUGGCAGACAGCCGCAGAGCCGUGUUUCGCAAGCUGGACGUGGAUGGGGACAAGCUCGUCUCGCCUUCUGAGCUAAGCGCCGCUGAAGUUCCCCCUGGCGUUUUUCAGGCAAUUGAUACUGACAUGAGCGGUGCCCUUGACACGAAAGAGUGGCUGCUCAGCUUUCUUCACGCAGACCUUUCUGGACUAGAAGCUCAAGGCUUCAGCUGAGUGUUCA